AUGGAGUCCUACGUCCUCCCUCACUUGCCCCCCAACGUGCGCAACGUCCACAUUGCCUACUUUGAGAACGUGGCCAAUGCCCCCGAAAUUCGAGCUCGUCUCGUUGCCGCGGCGACAGCUCCUGGGGCCGAGGGCGACGCCGCUCGUGCUUCGGUCGACUUUGGUUUCGUUGAAGCCAGUCUUCUUGUUUCAAAGCAGCACCUUGUGAACGGAGUCCUUGCUGCCGUCUUGACCUCUUUGCCAUCGGACCGUCAAACAACUCUGCCGGUCCCACCAACUCCCAAGACUCGCUCGCACAACUUGCACUCCGAGAUCCUUCUUGCGCUGAGCCCUAACAACAACAUCACGGAUGCGAUCAGGCGACACGGUGUCGGGGACGCCACCACUCGUCUCGUCGUUGUUCGGUAUGCCGACAAUACCCUCGCCCAAGAGGAGAUUUGGGCAAUGAUUGCGAGCGUUGUCCGAGGUACCCUCACGAGCUUGGAUGAACUCGACAAUGUUAACAAGCCCGAUUGGACCCGAAUUGACAAGCUCGGAGAGAUGAACCAGCAGAAAGUUGGCGACAUCAUGGCACGCAAGAUCGCGGCAGUGGAGAACAUUGUCGCUAUCAAGCAUGCUACGUGA